UUUGAAGCUACGCCGUUUAACUUUAAUGCAAUUUGCAAAUUAUUAAUUUCCGUGUUGAAACUUGAAAUAUAAAAACUCUUAUUGUACCAAAGCUAAGUUAACUAAAAUAUUAAUAUAGUGCCAAACUUUAUGUGUAGAUACAGUAAUUAACCGAAGAAAGAGAUGAAGACUAAAACAGACAAAAAUAAGAAUGACGACGGUGAAACCGAGAAUCGAGAAGAGAAGCCAGCUCUUGCCGCUCGUCCUCCGCCACCAUCCCUGAUUGUCCACCGCUCGGGAGACAGUCCGCGGCCCCCCGGGUGGAACGGUCAGCCCCGCAGAAGCGGCUCCAGCAGAUUUAACGGCCAGCAUAACAACCAAGAGCUCGUCAAACUCCCGCCUAUUCAAGACGCGCCGGUCGGUGAACGUGAGCAAUUAUUCGUUCAGAAGUUGCGGCAAUGUUGCCUGUUGUUCGACUUCGCGGACGAGCCCCUCUCGGACCUCAAGUGGAAGGAGGUGAAGCGAGCGGCCCUGCUGGAGAUGGUGGAGUACGUCACCACGCAGCAGGGAGUCAUCACCGAGCCGAUAUACCCGGAGGCAGUGAACAUGUUCGCCAUCAACUUAUUCAGAACACUGCCCCCCUCGUCAAACCCCAACGGUGCGGAGUUCGACCCCGAAGAGGACGAGCCCACUCUCGAAGCUGCAUGGCCCCACCUCCAGCUGGUCUAUGAACUGUUCCUGCGUCUUCUCGAGUCGCCAGAUUUUCAGCCAAACAUUGCCAAGAAGUAUAUUGACCAGAAGUUUGUGUCACAAUUGUUAGAACUAUUCGACACGGAGGACCCGCGAGAGCGCGAUUUCCUCAAGACAACAUUACACAGGAUAUACGGAAAAUUCUUAGUGCUACGUGCGUAUAUACGGAAACAAAUCAACAAUAUAUUUUAUAGGUUUAUCUACGAGACAGAACACCACAACGGCAUAGCAGAGUUGCUGGAGAUCCUGGGUUCCAUCAUCAACGGGUUUGCGUUGCCGCUCAAGGAGGAGCACAAGCAGUUCUUACUGAAGGUUCUGUUGCCGCUACACAAGGUGAAGUCGCUGUCGGUAUACCAUCCCCAGCUCGCCUACUGCGUGGUGCAGUUCCUGGAGAAGGACCCUUCGCUCACGCAGCCCGUCAUCAAAGCGCUGCUGAAAUAUUGGCCGAAGACGCACUCGCCGAAGGAGGUGAUGUUCCUGAACGAGAUGGAGGAGAUCCUGGACGUGAUAGAGCCGGCCGAGUUCCAGAAGGUCAUGGACCCGCUGUUCCGGCAGCUCGCCAAGUGUGUCUCCAGCCCGCACUUCCAGGUGGCGGAAAGAGCGCUUUACUACUGGAACAACGAGUACAUAAUGUCGCUGAUCUCGGACAACGCGACUCACAUCCUGCCCAUCAUGUUCCCCUCGCUGUACCGGAACACCAAGAGCCACUGGAACAAGACCAUCCACGGCCUGGUGUACAACGCCCUCAAGCUCUUCAUGGAGAUGAACCACAAGCUGUUCAACGAGUGCACGGAGCAGUACAAACAGGAGAAGCAGAAGGAGAGAGAACGUGUCCAACAUCGAGAGGAGUUGUGGCAACGUAUCGAGGCGGUCGCCGCGGCAAAUCCCGCCUGCAAGAGCCACGAUGACGAGGGGCUGCCGGACCUGUCACCCUCCACGCUGCAGAAGGAGUCGCUUGAGGUCAGAAGGCACCACAACGCGAACAAACCGCUCCUUCGCAAGAAGUCUGACCUGCCAGUGGACACGUCCACUGUGAAAGCGCUCAGCGAGCACAAGCGAGCCGACCCGUACUUGACCACUCCGCCGGACGCCGACAAGUGCUAGCGGGAACGGCGCUCCCGACGAGACCGACAGGGCUUCGCCUCCGCUGGCUGAGGUGAUACAUUGAUACAUUCAAGUGACUAUGAAGUGACAGUUAGUGCGGAAGUGGGCGGGGUGUGUGCACUGUAGAUUAAUGUGGUGUGUUGACAGACAGAUGGCGCCGCCCGGCUGCACUCUAUAUAAAAUAAUAAUAUGUUGUUACAUUUUAUACUGUUUUUAAUUCGCGCCGAAUCGCCCGCGCUUUCCUUCUAUUAUUUUUAUAUUAAAAAAAUACCUUUCUGUCUUAAUUAUUGUUUGAGGAUUCAUGCAUAUUACUAAGUCUGAAUAUCUAUAGAGAGUACUUAGAUUUUACUCAAACUUUAUUUAUGUAAAACUUUAGUAUGAUAAAACGCAAACUUGACUUUUACAUUCGGCUGUCUUAGCUUAAAGUCAGCAAUUUCAGCUGUCAAAUGACUAUAAAAAGCGGCCAAGUGCGAGUCGGACUCGCCCAUGAAGGGUUCCGUAGCAGCACGUAACAUAAUGUAUGUUAUAUACAAUGGAAAAUGAUAUUGAAAAAAACUGCUCAAAAUCAUACAGUGCAAAUGAGCUCUCAUCUUUUAUACGUAUUACGUAAAAGUACUAACUUACUAGAACGAGAUCUAUCUCGUUCAAACCAAUUUUCUGUGGAAGUUUGCAUUGUGAAAAUGUACUGACGUACAUCAUAUAUUUUUUCAGAGGGGUAACACAUUUCACCACUUUGGAAGUGUCUAUCGCGAAAAUUAUUCAGUUUAGAAUAAAUUAUAUUAGAAACCUUAAUAUUAUUUUUGUAGACUUAUCCAUAGAUACCAUACCAUACCAUACCAUAGAACCCAUAUGUCAUACAGCCAACUUAUCCGAAGUUGGCUGUAUGACAUAUGGGUUUGAUGAAAAUGAGUUUCAGUUUUAUGUAUGUACCCCCAAAAGGUACUGCUUUUUUUUCUAUUUUCGUUCGCAGUUUAUGUUCACAGAAUACAUCUACUUACCAAGUUUCAACAGUAUAGUUUUGGAAAAAAAUGAUUGUGACAUACGGACGGACGGACAGACAGACAGACAUGUUGAAUCUAUAAGGGUACCGUUUUUUGCCAUUUGGCUACGGAACCCUAAAAACGAAAUAUAAGAUUAUGCUAAGUUUACACUUUGCUAUGUUUUACGUAGGUAAAUUCUGAGCACAGUCUAAGUACGCUCUAUAGAUCUCUUAGCCUAGGUCUUCAGGUUGAAAAUUAUGCCUGAAUUGAAUGGAAAAAUUAUAUUUUGUGAUUUUUAUGAGUUAUGGUAUUAGAAAGUCAAUUUUUCUUUUGAAAUCAUGUAACUUAUAGAUGUUGUUUAAGUUAUUUUUUUGAACUUGAGAUAAAUCAGUUAAAUAUUGUAUUUAUACACACACUAAGUUCAGAAUAUAUUCUACAACCAAUACACCACUUUGAAAGUAAAAAUAUUUAUAUUCACACAAUAAUAGCACUCAGGGACUCGUUUAACUUUGUAUCAAUUUACCUACACUUUUUAUAAAAGCGAUUAAACAAAUCACUGUAUUAAAUAUUCAUUCCAACAUUUUAUUUAAAUUUCUAUAAUAAAAUGUAAUUAUUAAAAAACAGAUUAAAUGUUUUUUUUUCUCAGAAUUCAUUUGUUUUAUGUAUUCGUGGUUUUUUUUGCGAUCUUUCAUACCUACAUAUAUUUUUAUCUAGAUUAUAUUAAAUUAUUUAGAUUAUAUAAUAUUUAUCUUACUAAUAAACAAUUUUAUACCGGUCUAAUAUUUCUUCUGUAGUUUCAUGUUUCAUAAUUUCAUUAAAAACACAUGUUUCUUGCGCCAGACGUAAAAUAUCUACUAUGUUCUUUCAGCUUUGCAGUCUUGCACAAAUAUACUAUUUUUUUUUAAUUAUUACUAUAUUAUUGUCCCGGUGAAAUAUUGUUUAUAUAUAAAAACUUUUCUGUUUAGAGUACUUUUCGAUGUCACUAAGGUUUAGCGCCAAUAUCAAUUAUUAUCAAAACAAUGUACAAUAGUUUAUUGCUUCUAAUAUUUAAGUGAUGUAUUUACAUUCUGGUUUAGCAUUGGCAAGGGCCUCAAAAACAUCAAAAUAUAUAAUUUAUGUUGCAGUAACGCCUUUCCACAAAUUCAACAAAUUAUCUAAGCACAACCAGAGACUCCUUUGCACAGGAUGCCGCCUUUUUCUGCCGUGAAGCAGUAAUGUGUAAGCAUUACUGUGUUUCGGUGUGAAGGUAGCUAGUAGCUAGUGAAAUUACUGGGCAAAUGAGACUUAACAUCUUAUGUCUCAAAGUGACGAGCGCAAUUGUAGUGCCGCUCAGAGUUUUUGGGGAUUUUCAAGAAUCCUUAGCGGCACUGCAAUGUAAUGGGCAGGGCGUUUAAAUUACCAUCAGCUGAACGUCCUGCUCGUCUCGACCCUUAUUGUCAUAAAGUUAUACACACCUCUUUCAAACACAAGCACGUGGACACUUGCAGAAGCUUGGCAAGCAUGUAAAUGUGGCACUAUAGGGUUCGUUGAUUGAGCAUUCUGCACGCAUUUUGCGUCACUCUGUAAACUAAACAUAAGUUUCCAAUCAAUUUGCAGACAGACGCCUUUCAACAAAUUCCAAGCUAAUUGUAUACAUUACAGUCUGAUUUUGUGUAUGAAAAUGAUUUAUAUUUAUAUGUUAGAGGUGACUGUUUAGAAUCAAUUUGCUAACGGUUAAUUUUAGCUUUCUAUAAGAUUUGUAUUUGGUGGGCUUUUGUAUUCUAGGUAGUAUUAUGAAAUUGUCCGGUACAAUUUAUAUGUUUAAUAGACAUGUUUAAUUGUAACACUUAAUAUUGUCGGGGAUAGAUUUGAGAGAAUUGGUGAAAUCCAGGGUUGAUUUGCAGAAUAACAUCUUUUUAUUACAUUUACUCUAAAAGUAGACUUAAAUGCGUGCGGAAAGUUAUUAUUUUCCGGAACUUCUGCUUUUCCUUCCUCCACCCGCAUAUUAUCUCCUAAUUUAUCCUUUUUUCAGCGUAAAAAUGAUUAAAAUAGAAUUAAUCGUAUUUAUUUAAUAACAUAUACGUUUAAUAUUAAUAAAUAAAUAACAAAAUUAAAUUUAUUAUUCGUUGUAUUGGCUGAAUGCAUAGAAACCGUUGCUCCCGCAAAAAAUGUUUUUGUAUUUAUAAUGAUUGAAAUUUAAAAAAAAUGUCAUUUCACUCUUGAAAUGUAUUAUUUUACUUGUUUUGUAGUGUCUUUAUUUGACAAAGAGAAGUUGCUCUUAAUUGUUAUCAAAAUAAUGCAAAAUUUAAUUAAAAUAUCUCGUUGAGUUUUGAAGAUAUUUUUAAUUGUCAGUAUUAGUGAAAGAGUUAGAUAAAUGAAAGAUAAUUGAAUUUAUAAUAUUUUAUUUGUCGAAUCAGCGCUGAAAAAUAUUUAUGAGAUGUCACUGAAAAAGGAAAAAUGGGAAGUAUAUGGGGGCGAUUGUUAGCUUCAGGAAUCUUUAUUUUUCGACGUAUGGAGGUUUUUCGUAUUGGGAAAAAAGUGCAUUGAAUAUUGUACGCAAAUUUUGAUAGUAAAUGCAGUGUUACAAGUUAAAUUAUGUUGAAUGUAAAUUAUUGUUAGAAGUAUAAAAUGGGCGCGAGAUUUAUAGUCGAUCUGUGUGUUUGAGAGUAUACAGUGGAAGGCUCCUUUGCACAGGAUGCCGGCUAGAUUAUGGGUACCACAAUAGGCACAAUUCCUGUAUUAAGGUCCUUUCAGACUACGCUAAUAUAUAAUAGCAUAUAGUUAAUAAAAUAACAAUAUCGCGCACCAUAACCACACUUCACUGUGUGAUAUAUUAUUGGCUUACUAUACGCAAUAAAAUUAGGCGUGUGUGCUGCUCAGCUGUGCUAUAUCGUUAGCCGCUCUCUUCCUCCUUCUUCAAACCGUUACAAAUCACCACGUUCUCCUCUGAACUUUAUAAUAUCAUUUGAUAUCAAUGCUCUGGCAUUUUUUCUUUUAUAGCAUUAAUGAAGAUUCCGCAUUGUCAUCAUCGCUCGAUUAGCUUUCAAGACAGUAUGAAAUCCAUUGUGUCGAUCGUGUGCACACUCUUCAAAGAUCGCGGUUAACUGAGCUUACCAUCAAUAUAAAUACAUCCAAUGUAUAAAAUUCUCGUGUCAUGGUGUUAAACUUUGAACUCCUCCGAAACGGCUUGACCGAUUCUCAUGAAAUUUUGAGUGCAUAUUGGGUAGGCCUGAGAAUCGGACAGCAUUUACUUUUCAUACCCCUAAAUGUUAAGGGUGGUCCACACGAUUUUUUUUUUUUUAAUUUUUUUGACAUUUUUUUUUUAAUUUGUUGGAUUAUGAGUCAGCCUUAAAAAAUACAUACAACUUCAAAUUUUCACCCAUCUACUAUCAACAGUUACUUUUGUAUCGCGAUUUUAAUAUCGGCAAUACAACGUUUGCUGGGUCAGCUAGUAUACUAUAAAUACUUGCGCUUAUGUCUUGUAAUGUGAACGCCAUGCUGUAUAGUAUAGCAUUAGGUCCUUAUUUGCUAUACUAUAUAUCAGAAUAGUAAAGCGUAGUCUGAAAAGAUGUUUACCAUUGCAUUGGCUGUGAUCAGUUUUACAACUAUUUAAGUACCCUGCUAUGUCUGUUUUUAACUGUCGCCCCAUAAUGUGGACUAAGCCUUAGAUAAAGGAACAACCGUAAAGCGAAAACUACUUACUUUAUACUCUCGUACACAUGUUUCAGAUCAUCAGACUUCGUUGUGGCACGCAAUGAAGUUCUAUACACAUAUAUGGACAUAUCAUUCGCAGUCUGACAGCGGAACGGCAAAAGUGUGCUUAGAGACAAUAUAAGUACACUUUUCUCAUUAGUCGUGUGUCAACUGUCACCGUCCGAAUUGGGUUCUUAAUAGAACUUACGUAACCCAAACUGAAUAAAUGAUUUACAUUGCUGCUUUUUGACUAAGAAUAUUUUAAACAACUUGAGUAAAUGCGGCAAUGUAUAAAUAUAGCAGUCCAAGCUUAUUAUGGUGUUAUUUAUGGCAUGUUCCAUAUUUCGGCUUUGUUUUUGUACGACGUGAUUUGUCUAUAUGUAUAGAACGUCAUUGGAGGAUCAUUAGCCGUUGGGCACUGUUAAUAUGUAUUACGAUGCGAUAUUUCUUACGGCCCCCACCGCAGUCUCCAAACCAUUUCGCCGAACAAGACAGUGUCACGGAUGAAUUUGCCUAUCUAUGAAUAACAUACCGCGACCCAAAUGUGUCUAAAUAUUGUAUUAAAUUAUCCCGCGACUGUACCGACACAUGAUUAAAUUUAAGCUAGUAAUAACGCAUUAAUAUUUCCCAGCCGCUUCAGGAAAGCGUAUGAGUGGAGGUUUUGUAUGAGUAUUUUGUACGCGACGGUGUCGGUACAGUCGCGCGGAGUGUGUACAGAUCUCGCGUGAAUGUGAACUGGACUGAAAUCACUAGAAUAAUUUGCGGAACUGUUCAAAUUGGGAAAAUUUUGUAUAAAUAUUUAUAACGGUAAUUGUAACUGUUGAAAACAAAUAUUGUAACAAAUGACAUAUUGUAAGGUGCUUAUGAUUAUUGUUAUAAUACAAAGUUGUGCAUAUA